UGUAUUAUUGGGACGGAAAGAGGAACGACAUUUGGCCACUAGGUGUCACGAUAAGUUAAAUUUGAUGGUGACGCAACACUCGACUAAGCAGAGGAAGAGACAGUAGAUACCGCACCUUCGACCAAGGUAAAGCAUGGCAAUGACUAGCCAGAGCUCGUGCUCCUCCAUGAGUAACCACACCAAGGAGCGGGUCACCAUGGCCAAAGUGACCCUGGAGAACUUUUAUAGUAACCUCAUCGCCCAGCACGAGGAGAGAGAGAUGAGGCAGCAGAAGCUGGAAAAGGUGAUGGAUCAGGAGGGCUUGGCUGAUGAAGAGAAACGUGUGCGACGUUCUCAGCAUGCAAGGAAAGAGACAGAGUUUCUGCGUCUCAAACGCACCCGACUGGGUCUGGAGGACUUUGAAUCCCUGAAGGUGAUUGGCCGAGGAGCUUUUGGAGAGGUUCGUCUGGUGCAGAAAAAAGACACUGGCCAUGUCUACGCAAUGAAGAUCCUCCGCAAAGCUGAUAUGCUGGAGAAAGAACAGGUUGGUCACAUCCGUGCUGAGCGGGACAUUCUGGUGGAGGCAGAUAGCCUGUGGGUGGUCAAAAUGUUCUACAGUUUCCAGGAUAAGAUGAACCUUUACCUCAUCAUGGAGUUCCUGCCUGGAGGAGACAUGAUGACCCUGCUGAUGAAGAAGGACACCCUGACAGAAGAGGCUACUCAGUUCUACAUAGCAGAGACGGUGCUGGCCAUUGACUCCAUCCACCAGCUGGGCUUCAUUCACAGAGACAUCAAACCAGACAACCUGCUGCUGGACUCCAGGGGUCACGUUAAGCUGUCUGAUUUUGGUCUGUGCACGGGCCUGAAGAGGGCUCACCGCACUGAGUUCUACAAGAACCUGAACCACAGCCUGCCCAGUGACCUCAGCAAGCAAACCUUCCAGAACAUGAACUCCAAGAGGAAAGCAGAGACCUGGAAAAGGAACAGGAGGCAGUUGGCUUUCUCUACAGUGGGAACCCCAGACUACAUCGCUCCAGAGGUCUUCAUGCAAAAUGGAUACAACAAGCUGUGCGAUUGGUGGAGCCUGGGUGUCAUCAUGUAUGAAAUGCUGAUAGGUUACCCUCCGUUCUGCUCAGAGACACCUCAAGAGACGUACAGGAAAGUGAUGAAUUGGCGAGAGACGCUGAUCUUUCCUCCAGAAGUGCCUAUAUCAGAGAAGGCCAAAGACCUCAUCCUCAGGUUCUGCUGUGAGGAGGAGCACAGGAUUGGUGCUGUAGGUGUGGAGGAGAUCAAGUCCAAUCCGUUCUUUGAGGGGGUGGACUACGACCAUAUCAGAGAGAGACCUGCUGCCAUUCCCAUAGAGAUCAAAAGCAUUGACGACACAUCAAACUUUGAUGAAUUCCCUGAUUCGGAUAUCCUCACACCGACAGCCACCCCAGUGUCUAACCAGACUGAGGCCGACCUGAAGAACAAGGACUGGGUCUUCAUCAACUACACCUACAAACGUUUCGAAGGCCUGACUGCGCGAGGAGCUAUACCAUCCUAUAUGAAGUCAGGCAAGAGAUGAGCACCUUCAGACAGGCUUUUAGCCAACACCACCAUGAAACCUGAUGGAGUUGUCCAAACCCUUGUUUACUGAGAAACCUUAGCCCUGAAAGGAGAACUCUGUCUGUUAGCUGAGUGACGAGGAUUCUUGUCACACAGGACUCUACAAAUAAUAAUAAAGGGGCUCAAUUUCGUCCAUUGCUUUCCAUCAUAGGAACUAUUGCCUUUUCAUUUCUGCAGGUCUUUACUUUCUCUGACGUUUGUGAAUUGGGAUUAAAGUGAUCGUGAUUCUGUCCACUGGCCUUUUCCAGCAGGGGAUGCAGUGGGAUGUCUUUACUCCUGACACCAGCAUCAUUAACAUUCCCUCUCUUUAAACCAGCAUCAGUCUGCUGGACAUAACAAGGGCUCUUCUCCUUCCAAACCAGGACAUCCACUCCAUUUACCCUUUUUCUGUUGACUUCUCAAAUGAAACGUUGCAUUAAGUCACCACUUGGAAUGAAUCAGGUGCUCUACAAGGGAGUCUGUCCGAAUGUUACUCAUGGUUUCCUACAAGAGCUCACUCUGAGGCUUCUCUAAAGUGCUGCUUGCUUCCUAAGAUGACCCAACCAAAGACUGAGCUGAAUGAUCUUUCUGCUUGAUCAGAAUUGUCAUGUCACUUCUUGUAACUUAGAAAUGUAGUUUUAUAGAUUAAUAUUUGCGAGAUUUGUUUGUUGUAAAGCGUGAAUACGUGAGAAUGAUGCAUUUUGUUGAGUCUUGACCCAUGUAGAGCAUAUUCAGAUACCUUUAGCACCUUAUAUGAUGCUUGAUCCAGCUCGAGGACAGUCAGGCCUACAGCUCAUUAGUUUGUGUGUUUGGAUUGGGUGUUUUUAUUGGACUGGAAAAGUACACUUGUUUCCACAAAUGAGUUUGAAUGGGGAGGGAAGGAGGUGUCUAAAAACUGAAGUUACCCCUUUGCCACACACACACACACAUUUCCCUGCUUUGUUACUGUUUUAAUUAAUAUUUAAUUGUGAACUCAGACAUGUAGUGCUAUCGGUGCGAGAAAGCCAAGAUCUAAGUGGUAAAUGGCCACAUUUAUGAAGCGUUUUUAUUCAAAGUGCUUUACAAUAUUUUUGUUGUCCAUCGCAUACACACUCCCACACCGAUGGCAGCGAGUUACCACGCAGGGUGCUGGCCUGACCAUUGAGGUUCAGUGUCUUGAACACUUGUGUGCAUGUGGACCACCAACCCUGUGAUCAGUGAACAACCACCUCUACCUCCUGAGCCACGGGCUCUUCCUGAUCAUCACAGAACAAUACAUCCUCCCAUCCAAACUUCAGCUAUUGUUGUAGACUGCACACAUGUUAAAAGCAGAGUGACCUACACAGUGUAGCCUUGUGGAAAUAAGAAAUGGCUUUGUAACAGAUAGUCACACGUGGUCCUGGGCGUGAUGUCAGAUUUGCAGCUGUUAAUGCUCUACCCUUGGGCUUUUGUUCCACUUUUAUGAAAUUUCUUGUCUAAAUCACCACUUCAGCUUUAGGUAUUGUAUUCUCAAGACAUUGUUUGGUUUGGUUGAUGAACUUAUGAAUAGUCAGUUUUUUUACAUGUGUGUGUAUAUAUAUGUUUUGAUGCGUAAUAGUGUGGUGGUUCUUUAAUGAGGUCAGGAUAUUUGAAAUUAAUAUUGGCUGGAGGGAAGCUUGUAGCAUUACUGUUGUCAGGUUGGCACCCUGACUGUGUGUGUGUGUGUGUGUGAGAGAGAGAUUAUUAUUAUUAUUAUUAUUAUUUUGUUUUUUUAAGGAGACACUCAACAUCUUAAUGUCCAUUGUGUAGGAUUUAGUGGAAUCAUUCACCCCCCUUUUCAUGUUAAAGCAUGUAGGAGAACUUGUAGUGACUUUCUAGAGCCAGUAUUUGGUUUGUCCAUUCUGGGCUACUGUAGAACCAUGUUAACAGCUCUUAUUUUCAGGUGUUUAUACACUAAUGAAACCACAUUUAUGACUAUUCCAUUCCUGCCAAUAGAACCCUCUAAAGGCCACACACUGGACCUUAAAGAGUAACUCUUCAGUGCAUUAGUGCUUGAUCCAGUGAGGAGUUACUUUUUAAAUUCAACACAGGGCUAAAUAUUUUCCACAGAACACGAUAUCCAAAAUGCUGUCAUUUAAAAUGAAUGUAAAUGUUUUAUGAAAUCAUGGAGAAAAUAAUUUUUGCCACAAAAUUUCCAAAAUGCUGUUUGUGUGAAUGUAGCCUGGCCCGUUUUUUUUUUUUUGUUUUUUUUAAAUUAAAUAUUUUCCUUGUGUCCAUAAGGUAUGAUAUGGAAGCCCAUAUCUCCCAGAGAAAACAAAUAGAAAAGGUACAGAAAGAGAGAGCGCAAGAGAGAGACAGCAAAAAAAGAAAGAAAAAGCGAUUAUACGAUUAUAAUAAUGCAAUAAUGAAUUUCAUCCUUUAGUUUUUGUCAAAAAUGUCUUAGUAGGUCAAAAUUUAAGUAAAAGUCAAACCAUGAAUAUGAUAUGGAAAACUGAGAAAUUUAGAUAUAUUUUUUUAUUAUUGUAUAUCAUUCAUUUUGACCAUCCAUCCUUUUGACAUUACAGUUUAGUUUAUUUCUGACAUUGGCUUUAUCAAGUUUAAAACUCUUAACCAUUUGUCAUUUCCAGCAUUUGUUGUUUGUUUUUGUUUUUUUUUUGCAUCUCCUGGCAGAAAUGGGCUUCUGUAUGUGACCAUUCAGUCUGAAGGUUUUUCUUCUUCUGUAUAAUAUAAAACUUCAGUGCAGUCGGGUAGUGUACACGAGAUAAGACAUUUUAGAAAAGCACACAGCUUUGUUUAUUUCUAUGGCAGCGCUCACCAUUUUAAACAAAGCUGUCCGUUAUUGUAACGCUUCUGCUCUGCAUGCUUUUUACCAAACAGCACGAGUCAACUUAAAGCAAUAGAGCACAUUGAACAACUUGUUGAUGAUGCCAAUUUUUCUGUGUGAGCGUGAGAGAGAGAGAUGUUUCAGACUGCUCGUGAGGGUGUGAUCACGCACUGGUAGAAAUGAUGGACUGUUUUUAAGGCCUGCAUGUUGUUUUCCUCCACAUGAGGCUCAGAUUUGAGUGUGUGUGUGUGUCUUGCUCUGCUCGUGUCAACAUGUACCGCGUGAUCUGAGAGUCAGAAGUGAGGGCUUUUGGGAAGGUGGGUGUACAUUAUUUAAUCCACUGUUCUCUUUGUAGUGUGUGGCUGUUAUAUUUUUCUGCUGUUUGACAAUGAAUUACUCUGCACUUAC